AUGGCAGAGGCUACGAGUGACGAUCCUGUUUAUGUUGCAGUAAGCAAAGACGUUGGUGAAAGUGAAUCGACUUUGUUAUGGGCAUUGACGAAUUUCCCACGCAAAAAGCUUUUCCUUCUUCAUGUUCAUCAACAAACUCCCAUGAACCCUAUAUCAAGUGGGUUACAGCAAAGUGAGAUCACUGCAAUCCAGGAGUCGGAACUGGCAAGUUCAUAUGAGAGUCUUUACAAGUACCGUGAUAUCUGCGAAGAACAAGGAGUUGUCGAACACGAUGUGGAUGUACGCUUAAUUGAGGCAGAAAAUGUUGGGGAAGGGAUUGUGGAACUUAUCUAUCAAAACAAUAUUGAGAUGCUCAUCAUGGGAGCAGCAGCUGAUUCCCACUACACCGAGGGUAUGGUUAAUAUCACUUCUACAAAAGCCGAGUACGUAAGUCGCCAUGCACCUCAUUGCUGUAAAAUAUGGCUUGUAUGUAAUGGGAACUUCAUCCAAACCAGAGAGGGGGGUUUUGGUCUCGUGGGUUCCUCUGAAUCCUUAAGCAUCCUUCCCGGCCUUGAUUCUGCUCUGACUGAAUCUUUAAGCAGCCGUCCCGGCCUUGAUUCUGCUCUGAUCCCAUACGAGGGAGCAGGAAGAGCUGAACAUGGCACCGAGUCACAUGCCCCGUCUUCAUCUGAAGACAGAUCAGCUAGAGGGUUAGAGACAAUGCAUUACGAGGAGCAGAGAUGGAGACUAGAAAUUGAGGAACUAAAGAGAGAAAAGGAGCGGUACGAUCAGAUGGUGCGUGAAAGAUGGGAAGCACUCUCAAGUUCUUUUGGUGUCACUCAGAUACUCUACAAUGACGAAGUACGCCGCAGGAGAGAAGCGGAGGAGGAACUAAACAGAGCGAAAGCAGAAAUCGAAGAUAUGAAAAAGGUCCAGAAAGAACUCGAAGAACAGCGAGACGAAGCUAUCAAUGCAAAUGAAGAACUUUUGAGACAUCUAAGCCUGGAGGAAGGUGCGCCAUCAUCACAUUCCCGUUUGCAGUGGUUUGUUUCCAACGAGCCUCCUCCAUACUUCAUCUGUCCCAUUUCAAAGGAGAUUAUGCGGAAUCCCCAUGUUGCAGCCGAUGGUUACACCUAUGAAGAAGAGGAGUUCAAAACGUGGCUUAGAGUCGGAGAUGAAAAAUCGCCCAUGACAAACCUUAGGCUCGAGAAUCACAAUCUCACCCCGAAUCUCAUUCUUCGUACAGCCAUUAACGACUGGUUGCAACAGAACCAAUAA